AUGGCGUCGGCAGAGAAUGUGCAUGCUGCCUUUGAUGAUGCCGUUGAGCCCAUCGCCAUUGUAGGCAUGGCAUGCCGCUUUCCUGGGGAUGUUGCGUCACCCUCGGAAUUCUGGGAUAUGCUCGUCCGUCAGCGUUCUGGACAUGGGAAGGUCCCUGCCGACCGCUUUGAUGCCAACGUUUGGACACAUCCCGAUCAUGAUCGCAAAGGGGCGAUUCAGGCCAGGAGCGGGUUUUUCUUGCAGCAUGAUAUUUCGCUCUUCGAUGCUCCAUUCUUCUCCAUCACUGCGAAAGAAGCAAUGGGAAUGGAUCCAAUGCAGCGACAGAUCCUUGAGGUGGCAUAUGAAUGCUUCGAAAAUGCCGGUGUUCCCUUCGAAAAUCUCGCUGGUAGUAUGACAUCGGUCUAUACGGGGGUCAUGACCAACGACUACGAACGUAUCAGCCAGUCCGAAAUCUUCAGUCUACCGCAGAAUGCAGCAUCUGGAACCAGCCGCGCCAUGUUGUCCAACCGGCUGUCUUGGUUUUUCAAUCUGAGUGGUCCAAGUUUGACAUUGGACACUGCAUGUUCCUCUAGCUUAUAUGCCAUGCACCUGGCGUGUCAGUCUAUUAGACUACGAGAGUCUCAACAGGCAUUGGUAGCCGGCGUCAAUCUCAUCCUUCAUCCAAAUUUCAUAUCCCAACUCUCGUCCAUGCACAUGUUGAGCCCUGAUGGCAUCAGCCACUCUUUUGAUGAGCGGGCGAACGGUUACGCACGCGGCGAGGCUAUCGGAGCUAUUCUUGUGAAACCAUUAUCUAAAGCCUUAGCUGAUGGCGACACUAUCAGGGCAGUCAUUCGAGGGAGCGGUGCUAACCAAGACGGAAAGACGCCUGGCAUUACCAUGCCGAGCAGAGAGGCUCAAGCAAAGCUCAUCAACACCACAUAUGCUACCGCCGGGUUGACUACGACAGACACGACCUACUUCGAAGCUCACGGAACAGGGACAAAGAUAGGAGAUCCCAUCGAGCUCUCAGCCAUCGGCGCAAGCUUUGCUCCGGAUCGCACACAUGACAGACCUCUAUAUGUCGGCAGUGUGAAAACGAAUGUUGGUCAUACAGAAGGUAUGGCUGGUCUUGCCGGCGUAAUCAAGACAGUUCUCAGCAUGGAGCAUGCCGUCCUUCCCGGCCUGGUAGCCUUCGAGACCUUUAAUUCGAAACUGCUUCUUGACGACUGGAAACUCGAAUUGCCUCUUGAGUCUAUGCCAUGGCCCUCGGAUGGUCUCCGCCGCGCAAGCGUUAACAGCUUUGGCUUCGGAGGCGCAAAUGCGCACGUCAUCCUCGAUGAUGCAUACCACUAUUUGAAAACUCGCGGGCUUGAAGGGCGUCACUGUACGCGAGACCUUCCUCCUCUACCGGCCGCCGUACUUUCUUCACGAGUGGACAGCAGAGAACAAACCGUGUCGAAAGACUUCAAGCUACUGCUGUUCUCUGCACAGGACCAGAACGGAUUGGAUCGCUUGUCGAAGCGUCUAGGGCAGUAUCUGUUAAAAGAGCCUUCCCAGGGACAACGACCCGAUAUCGACUUGGAUGACCUCGCCUUUACUCUGGCCUAUAGACGGUCCCAGCUUGGAAUCCGGUCAUUUGCAGUAUGCCGCACUGUGCGUGAAUUAGCGACUGACAGCCUUAGGACAAUAUCAAGUUUGAAGCAGAAACGGCACGGGCAGCCGGAAAACAUCAUCUUUAUCUUCACCGGUCAAGGAGCACAGUGGCCGCUGAUGGGUCGCGAGCUGCUGCAAUACAGCGCUUUUCAUGAUAGUGUCUCCAAGAGCCAAUCGUAUUUGGAUGAACUCGGGUGCACUUGGAGUGCGGCUGAUCUGCUGCAUGAGCCGGGUCCAAGGAUCAACCUGGCAGAACACUGCCAGCCAAUUUGCACCAUCCUGCAGGUCGCGCUUGUAGACCUGCUCGCAUCUUGGGGUGUCACGCCUCGCGCUACUGUUGGCCACUCCAGCGGCGAGAUAGGAGCCGCCUACGCUGCCGGCGGCGUAAGCCACAAAGAUGCUGUGAAAAUAGCUUACAUGCGAGGCUAUUAUUGUGGUCAAAUACAAUCGCGCCUGAAGGAGAAACAGGGUGCAAUGUUGGCUGCAGGGCUUACAGUACAAGAAGCGCGACGAUACCUUCAAGAAGUUGACGAAGACUCUGUUGUUAUUGGCUGCAUGAACAGUCCGUCCAGCGUGACCCUUUCCGGGGACGUUCAUGCGAUCUCAUACCUGGAACAGCGGAUCAAAUUGGAUGGCAAGUUUGCACGCAAACUCCGAGUUGAGGUUGCAUAUCACUCGCCGCAUAUGCAAGCAGUCGCUCAGGACUUCCUGGACUCGCUGGACAGUAUCGAGCCCACCAAGGACUUGAGAGUCCCCAUGUUUUCUUCCGUGACGACGAAACAAUUGGACUCACCCGUUCGACUUAACGCGCAAUAUUGGGUGACUAAUAUGGUCUCAGCUGUGCGGUUCUCCGAAGCUGUAGAUAGUCUUCUUGCGCUUUCAGAACCCGGCUUCAAGGGCAGAAAGUCGAAGCCUGUGAACUGGUUCGCUGCGGUCGAGAUAGGACCGCAUGAAGCGCUGAAAGGCCCUUUCCAACAGUGUGCUCUAGCAGCUGGAAGCAAGAAAGCUAGCAGCCUGAUCCCAUACACAUCCAUGAUCCGACGUGGGGAGCCAGGAACCAAGUCAGCAGCGGAGGCUGCCGGAUUGCUUUGGUCACUUGGUCACCCCAUUGAUGUCCUCAACGUGAACAACGUGGACACCGCCCGCAGGAAAAGCUUGACUUCUCUCAGCAAUUUGCCACCAUACGCGUGGCAACACAGCAAAGGCUUCUGGCAUGAGUCAAGUAGUUCGCGAGCUACCAGGCUCAUCACUCGACCGAGGACAGAUCUACUGGGUAUUCCGGCGGACAACCAAAAUCCACACGAACCACGUUGGAAGAACUUCCUGCGUUUGUCAGAAAAUCCAUGGAUGAGAGAUCACGCUAUCACAGGGACCAUCUUGUAUCCUGCGGCAGGCAUGCUCGUCAUGGCUCUUGAAGCUGCCUUGCAAAUAGCUCAAGAUCAGAAACGUGUGGUGCGUGCCAUUGAGUUCCAUGACGUGCAUUUCGAACGCGGCUUGGUCGUACCGGACUCUGACGAGGCUGUGGAAACGAACAUCAGCUUGAGGCCUCACGAGAGUUUGGAUUUGUGGUUUCACUGGACAAUCGACUCUCAGGGCAGUGAUUUGUCCUGGAAGAGACACGCCCAUGGUUUAAUUUCACUUGUUUUGGAAACAGAAACAGGCCCUAGUGACGGUGUUUCGAUGUGGAAGGCCGAGACAGCAAAGUUCAGCUCCAUCAAGGCUGCGGCGAACGCCUUGAUCGAUCCAACAGCAUUCUACGCGCAACUGGCACAUGUCGGGAUGGGUUAUGGUCCGGCAUUCACGAAUCUAACCAUGGCUGCUGCCGUCGCAGGUGAGCAAACCGGCCACGGCACUAUUGCUAUUCCCGACACCAAGUCCACCAUGCCGCAAACCUACGAGUUCCCUCAUCUCAUUCAUCCAGCAACCUUAGAUGCUAUUUUCCACCUCAUCUUUGUGGCUCUCUUUGAAGGAAAGCCCAUGACCGAAUCAGCCGUCCCGGUUAGCAUUGAGAAGAUGUUCAUCGCGGUCUUUGAGCCACUGUGCUCUGGCGAACAAUUUUCAGGCUACGCCACCGGCCGGAAGAUCGACGCGAGAGACUCGUCUGGUGAUCUGGUGGUGUCAGAUAGCAAUUGGUCAGGGCCCAAGAUCACCCUAAGUAACCUUAUUGUGCGCAAAGUCUCUUCCUCGGCGGUGGCCAACAACAGAAAUGACAGGCAACAAGCAACGAGGCCGCCUGAACGGGUUUCCGAGUUACUGUGGAUGGAAGACAUUGACCUUCUGGAGCUGCCUGCCGCCAACACGCUGGUCGAAACAAAUUCGCACAGAUAUAGAUCACUCGCAAGUACUUCCUCCACUGCAAAAGCAGCCGCGUGGUUGGAAUGGGCCUGCUUCAAACGUGCUGAUCUGAAGGUUACUGCUGUGGCUGAUACUAUCCUAUCUGCCGACAAGGUGGUUGAAGUUUUGUCAGCUUUUGCGCCAGUAACAGGCUCGGAGAGGCGACUUGCCAAUGUCUCCAUUAUUACCACGUCGCAGGAAGUCCAAAAGCAUCUAAAAGGCCAUUCAAAAUUGAAAGACACAAGCGUUAAGGUGAUAAGGGUUGAACCUGGAUCUGCCGAAUUCAGAGAAUCAAGUGACCUGGUCAUCUUUGGGUACGAUUCUGCCUGUCUUGUCCUGAAUGAUCGACUUGGAGAAUGGGCCUCAUGCCUCACAGAGGGCGCCAAGCUGAUGGUACUUAGCGACAGUGCUCAGGACACGGCUGUCGAGGCCGGCUUGAAGGCGCAUGGCUUCAACGAAACUUUGCUUAAGCUGAGUGACAGUUCCGGCUGUGUGCUGGUUGUUGGCGCCUCUCCUAACACCCCUCCCCGCGAAACCGAAGUGGUGUACAUGCUUGCGCCGAUGGCGAGAUCCGAAAAGCUCACACAUUUCAUACAGCACUUGAGUGCCACAUUUGCUUCCGAAGGAAUCACACUGUUAUCGAAGUCACUGAAUGACAUCGAACACUUGACUGGACAAAAAGUGAUUUCCCUACUGGAGGUAGAAGACCCGUUUGUUAUAAAUUGGUCGGAAGCCCAGUUCGAUCAAUUCCGUCGAUUGGUGUUCUCUCAGCCCUACAUACUGUGGCUGACUAGAGGGGGAAUCCUUGCCAAAGGUGAACAGUCGUUGCAGUUUGCUCCCACGACCGGUUUGCUGCGAACAAUCAGGACGGAGAUUCCACAGGUCGCCAUGCCUCACUUGGAUCUUUCACCAUCGGUUGAUCUUGAGAACGCAUGUACCGCGGAACUAGUGCGCAAGGUCUUCAACUCGACUGCAAAAGCAGCCGCCAUGGGUCGCGAAGACCUUGAGACGGAGUUUGCUGAACAAAACGGAUCUCUAUUUAUUCCUAGAAUCUUUGGAAACAACGCUAUGGACGGUGAAGUCAAUUCUCAUGCAGAGUCUCCCACCCCUGUUCUUACUCUGGUAUCGGAACAGCAAGCGAGGCCGUUGAGGCUUAUCAAAAAACCCUCGAUGGCACCAGGAGGUCAGAUCCAGUGGGAGGACGACCCGGAUGCUAUACUGCCUAUUGCGGACGAUGAGGUUGAAAUUCAGACCAAAUAUGUGGCGGUCAGCUCUGCAGAUCUCAGCCGCCCAGAGACCGUCGUCCAGCAGAAUGGAGGCGCCUAUGCUGCGAGUGGAGUCAUUGUGCGGACCGGAGCAGAUGUGGUUGAUCUCCUAUCCGGCGAUGAGGUUGUCUUCCUGGCGCCUGAUCGGAAGACACUCAAGACAAUAUUACGCCCGCGGAAAAGCUUGGUCGAGAAGUUACCAGAAGACGUCAUGCUUCAGGGAGCUCCUCACCUGUUGAGUUCUGCGAUGGUUGCAUACCAUUCUUUACGCAACAUUGCCAACGUUUCCCCUAAUGAGAGCGUCUUGAUCAACCUCGAGAACCAGGAUACACGUUUUGCUCUUCUGCAGCUCGCAAGGGAGAGAUCUUGCAAAGCGUUCAUUGCAGUGACCUCACCACUAGAGAAGAAUGACUUAAUGAGCCGCUGCCAGGUUUCCGGGAGCCGCAUCUUUUACUCUUCGAACAGGGACUUAUUACCUUCUCUGAUGGCAGCGACCAUGGGAAGAGGCUUCGAUGUUGUGAUAAGCGAUCAGAUAGGGAGGUCCCGUCGAGAGAUGAGUUGUUGUAUCGCCGAGGCUGGCCGUUUCGUCGAUUUGAGUCCGACACUUGAGCUGAACGACAUCAGUCCAGAUGCAUUUCGCAAGAAUGCAAGCUUCUCUUGGGUCGACAUUUGGCGACUACGGUCUGCACAACUGGAAAGCCUCUUUGAGGGAGCCACUUUCUUACUACGCUCGUCUAUCCAGGUCCAUAGCCGCGCUCCUGUCUUCGCCAAUGACGAUUUGGAGGGUGCCUGGAGCUUACUUCAGGAGAGACCAGGUUCCAGUGUCACUAUUCAUUUUGACGACAAGGCCCGGCUUCCCGUCAGUCCCCGCCCUGCGCCGCCGCCACGUUUGGAUUCAAAAGCAACGUACGUUAUUGCUGGAGGUCUGGGCGCCUUGGGACUUACAAUUGGCGAGAACAUGGUCAGCCAUGGGGCGCAGCAUUUGGUACUGCUGUCACGGUCAGGCGUGACCAGCUCGCGCCAAGAGCAUGCUGUACUCAGGCUUAGACAACGAGGCUGCCAAGUUGACACGGUGAUCUGCGAUGUGACUGACCGUGAGCAAGUGAUGAAGGUCGCGCACCUGGCCCAACAAAGCUCCUGGUCCAUCAAAGGCCUCAUCCAAUGCGCAAUGGUUCUGAAUGAUAGUAUCUUUGAGAACAUGACGUUCGAAAAAUGGAAAGUGGCAACACAACCUAAGAUCAAAGGAACAUGGAAUCUGCACGACUGUCUGCCGAAAGACCUCGAUUUCUUUAUUGUGCUCUCUUCCAUGUCUGGUAUCAUUGGCAACGCUGGGCAGGCCAACUACGCAGCCGGCAACACCUAUGAGGACGCUUUGGCACAUUACCGACGUGGGCAGAGUCUGGCGGCGACGACAUUAAAUGUGGGCCUUGUGACUGAUGCAAGCCACUUUGAUGCCGACGCCACCAUCGAGGACUAUCUCAAUCGGUAUGGCCACUGGACGUCGGCGAUAGUGACCGACAGGGAGAUGCAGAUUGUGAUUGAAGCUGUUAUGCGUGAAGCUACGAAAGCAGAGUCGCCGAAUGCGUCUCAAGUUCCGAUCAUACCGCUAUCAACUCAGAUGCUUGUUGGUCUGAAUGGCUCCAUUCCCCGAGGCCCUGGAAGUCGAAAUCCAUGGUCCAAAGAACGCAAGUUCAAUCAUCGGAUCGAGUCAGGUAGCCAGUCAGAGAUGAUCGCUGGCAGUUCCACACAAACUCUGGCGUCACAACUCCAGAAGGCUAGCAGCGGCGCAGAGGCAGUGGCUCUCGUCGAGGCUUCCCUGCGCACCCACGUCGCCGCCGCCAUGACAGCCUCCGCGGACGACAUCGACAGUGACAAGCCAUUGUAUGCCCUCGGCGUGGACUCUCUGAAGGCCAUCGAAGUGCGGAACUGGGUGUUCAAGGAGUUAAAAUGCGAUGUCUCGGUGUUCGAUGUGCUCUCCCCGAUCCCCUUGGCACAGUUGGCUGCCAGGCUGGCAAAGAAGAGUACACUGGUUCCACCGGAGCUAGUUGCCUCGAUCGAGGAAUAG